AUGUCCAACAUCGUCUUCAUUGACGUUCAGGACAAAUCGAACCAAAGCAAAACCCGAGCACGCCAUCAUGCUGCGGUCGUUGUAAAUCGGCGAAAGCGGCUGGCCAGCAUCCAAAACCAUCAGAGGAAUUCGGCGCCAACAGCCCAAGGACUUGAUGCUCAGUCGGAGGACGAACAUGAUCCGGAGUGGGAGACCAUACCGACGAGCGAUGCCCCUUCUUUGGGGAGAUCGCGAUCUGCUCUAAUUACGCAGAGGAGUUCUGAGCGACGACGCAGCAACAAUACCAUACCCUCAAGGCACCGCUGGCGAAUUGGACCUCCUACGACAAUCAUGUCCACCGGUGAUGACUUGAAAGUUGAGUUUGUUCUGAGCCAGUCUUUCAACUGGAUGCUGGGGCAGUAUAGCUUCCCAUGGUCAUCUCUUGUGAAAGAAAACCCAAAUAUCUUCGAUAUGGACAAUAAGCUCGAGAUUUUUCGGGAGACAUUCUACAUUGUGUCAACCCUUCUGGAAUUAAAAAAGGUAAAUGCAGCUUUUGCCGUUCUCAAAGAGACUCUGGAUGCGGUCCCGGACUUCCUUCGAGACAAGCAUCCGGAAUUGUUGUUCUCGCUUGUCGAGCUGGCUUAUGGGAUAAAUAUGCCGAACUCCUCCGUACUGCACGCAAAGAUAAAGCCACACGUCGCUGAGAUGGCCUCGGUUAUCCUGGGACACGAUCACCCCCUCACCGUGUUACUGAGAUCCGACUUUGAUCGCAGACUGAGGACUCAUGUCACCGAGGUUGUGUUCAGCUGCAUCAUCGACUCUCUUUCCAAGACGUUUGGCGAGUCUGCUUACCAAACGCUGGUGCACCAGUUCGGAAGAUCACAGUUCUAUGCACGCACAGGUCGAAGCGAGGAAGGGCAAAGGAUCAUCAGCAAAGUAGUGGACAACUGGAAUUCGCUUUAUGGACCAGACUCGAUCCUCUCAAGACUUGCGGAAUUGCAGUGUAACUUGAUGCAGCUACAGCGGCAGACCUGCCAUGAUGUCUCUUUGCAAGCGCAAAUCAACAACAUCAAGUGGAGAAUAGAAGCCAUGUCCGGAGUCUAUCGCAACAAAUUUACCAGCAAGCCUUCUCCUGCUCUGUGGCAAGCGGACCGGUCUUCUAGAAAGCUUCGUCUAGCACGGUGGUUCCUGCAGCAUGAGCACUACACUUUCGCACUACACUGUUACGAAAGAUCAAUGCUGGAUGCUCAAGCAGAGAGCCUAUCUCCUUUUUCGUCAUUGGCCGACAGCAUCUCUAACAUCGUUGAGAUAUCCUUGCAAGGCGACUUACUGGGAGGUGACCACGUCCACAUUAUUCCCUCACAAGCUCCGAUGAGCGAAAGCAUGAUAGCGAUGACAUAGGCAAGUCUCGAUUUGUACCCGGUGUACAGGUACAAGGGUGGCCACAGAUGCUUACUAGUCAAUGGAACCCUGAUUUUUUCGCCAGAAGAGGAGAGAAGAGAGGAGAAGAGAACGUUCACCUUCCGAGCCAAGAUGGCAUCUGGCACCUGCAUCGCCCAGUGCUCACUGAAUUUGACUCC